AUGCUUCUUCAGCAAUUGCUUGUUUUAAUACUUACACAAUUCGUCUUAUCGUAUAAAUUUACUGAAGAUAAUUGGAAUAGUUUCGAUGCAUAUGGUGUAAAAUUGGCAACUAAUGAUGGAGUCGUGGUGCAAGCACGUAAUAACGAUGCUCAGUUUAUUCUACAGUUCGCUCCAUUCAAUCCAUCUAAUUUAUCGUCGCCAUGCCAAAUUGAUUAUCCAGGUCUUGCUACAGGUGAUAUGAAUUUUAUCUAUAGUAUAGAUGUACCGAAAGUAGUCUCUUAUGAUGCAUCCGUUGUUUUUAUUGGUGAAAACACAGAUAAUUCAUCAUCACCAUAUCCGUUCGUUGGACAUCUUCUUGUGAACUCAUCCUGUGAAACUACAUACAAUAUGUACUAUUUUUCAUCAUUUGGACACGAUGAAUUUUUUGUACACAGUAUUGAUCCAUCAGGUCAAAUAGCGUAUGGAUUUUCGAGUCAAUUUGCAUUCAGCUAUGAUUUACAAACACACAGCAUUAAUUUCUUAGCACAAUGGCCUUUUGCCAAUUUUACACCACAUGCUGUCGAUGUAAGUAGUAGUUAUGUGGCUAUAAUCGCUGGUUUUAUUAAUGGGACACAGAACAUAUAUGAACCUAUUAUCUAUAUGCUACAAAUGAAUAUAAAUUUCUUUACAAUUGUUGAUACAUGGCCAUAUAUACCAUCGAAUGACUCAUGGCAAGCUACAACAACGAAUAGAGAUGCAGGCAGUUUUACUAGAAAACAUGUCAUGAGUGUGUCUAUUCAUGAUAAUACUUCAGCUGUUCUUGUUGGUAUGCCAUCUUUCAAUAUUGUCUUCUGGUUUUCUAUAACGACAACAAAUUUAACAUUAUUAGCAGCUCGUGCCAAUGGGUAUCAACGUGGCUAUGGUCAAAGUUUAGGAUGGAGCGAUGAAGAUGGAGGUCCAUAUCCUGUUUUACUUGGAAAUGCUUAUUCGUUUCCUUACCAAUGGUCUAGCUCGACUAUCUACUGGUUCUAUUGGGAUCAAUUUAUCUCAGACAAUCCUAUUAUGCCAAUGUUUCCUACAGUUCAAUGUCCUCUAUGGGUUGAUCUUGAUCAACAUUUGAUUACUAUCGCUAUGUCAACACUCAAUCUUGUAGUUCUUGAUUCAACUGGACAGGUUUAUGUUAUGUUACAAGCUCCAGAAGGUUAUUAUCCAACGACAAGCGUAGCCAUGGGUAUUAAUCCUGCAUUCUCUGAUUUCGUUUAUUGUCCAGGAGGUACUUAUAAAUAUUGGAUAGGUGUCUACAUUUGCUAUCCAUGUACGAUGGGGACAAUGACUUUAGAAGAAGGAAGUACUGAAUGUUCACUUUACAAUUGCAAUGGAGACAAUUCAUUUUGUCCACUUGGUUCAGUCACUAAUGAUACUUAUUCAGAUAUGCUUACAUUUGUCUCUCAAGAACUUAGUUAUCCAAAAUCACCUGAAUCUACUAUUUUUGAUGAUAUUCUUAUUCAGAAUAUGUUUACUUUUGGUAGUACAUCUCAUUGUUUACUUGUAUCACCAAUAUUCUGGGUAAUGGUGAUGACUGGUUUUAUAAUGCUUAUUCUUCUUGCUAUGGGUAUUCUUAAAUUCUCCAAACAACAUGCCGAUACUCGUGUUUUAAUUAAACAUAUAUUUCGUCACGCCGAUCUUAUCAAUGAAGGAGAAUUGUGGAUUGGUGGACCUGCAUCUCUUGCUCUUAUGGUUUUAUUGAUAUUUGCUUACACUUUUAGUCAAUCUUAUCUAAAUCAAUAUCCAAUUGAAACGACGUCACCAUCAACAUUCGCAUGUGACGAAACACUUCGUAAUGCAAAAUUUGAGACAAAUCUCCAAUCUCUUUCUACACCUCGUAAUGAAGAAGAAGAACCAAUAUUUGAUUUACUCGAUGAACAGCAAUUCACACUUACCAUGGAUUUUAUCAAUACUCAACAAACAUGUGAUACUGUACAAAUCACACAGACCAUUCAUGCUUAUUCGAAAGUGAUAUCAUCGAAUUGCAGUUAUAAUCGAUCCAUACUCUCUCUUUCAACUGUUCUUCAGUCACACACAAUCAGUCUCAAUUAUGUUUUUGAUGAUGCUAAAUCAAUUGGUGGUUUUAGAGUUCGCAUCUAUGGUCAACAACUCGAAACAAGUAAUUCAUCGAGCAAGAUAUAUUAUCUUGUUCGUGAACUUAAUUUCAUUCAACCAUUCCUGAUGAACAAUCAGACAAUGGCUUAUGAUCCAAAUAUUGAAUUUCAACUUAUUCGUGUCAUCAAUGAGACUGAUUCACUUUAUGAUGGUGGAGCAAGCUAUUACAAUGGCCUAUGGAGUCUGAUCAGUCUCACCAGUACUUCAGAUCUUUUUCUUACCUAUGAUGAUUAUAUGUACUAUGGUUUAUUAAAAACAUCGUUCUCAAUUUCAAUUUCAGAAACAACUUAUUAUAUUAAAAAUCAACAAGAACCUAUUGCUAAACAAGCAGAAAUCAUUUUUCACAAUCUUCUUUUUACAAUAGUCUGUUUGGAAUUAUUUGGACUUAUAUUUAUUGUUAUCAAACUCGUUGGAUUACCAUUAGCCAAUAGAAUACGACGCAUCAUGGAAAAACGUUCCAAUAUAAUUCAUCCAGAACAUUCCUCUGAUAAAUUAUACCAAUCAACAGACACAUCAGAAUAUUCAACAACUGUCUAA